CGGACUACUAUAUGUUUUAUUUUCUUGCUGUCCAAAUUAUUUUAGAGACUAGCACCAAAAACAAUUGUCAUUUUAAUCUUCUGUUGAUCUAAGUUAGCUGUUGAAAGACCAAGAUGGAAUCUAUACUGGAUUGUAAACAGUAAUUGAAAAGGACGUCAUACUGGUGUGUGAUGGAAGAGUAAAACACCACAUACAGUGACAAUUUUAUAAUUCUAUUGUGUUUGAUGAACGGAUCACACCCGGAUAUGCUUCUGGAAGGUGGCUCACCAGAUAUGCUUGCAGCUCAGUCUAAAAUCCUGUUCCAGUUAAACAAGUACUACAACGAACGGGUACAGUCACGACAAGGAGGCACGAUGAAGACCAUUAGAGAAGUCUGUAAAGUGGUACAAGAGGUCUUGAAAGAGGUUGAAGUCCAGGAGCCUAGAUUUAUUAGUUCUUUAAAUGAAGCGAACGGGAGAUUUGAAGGACUAGAAGUUGUGUCACCUACAGAAUUUGAAGUUGUUCUUUACCUCAAUCAAAUGGGAGUAUUCAACUUUGUAGACGACGGAACUAUACCAGGAUGUUCUGUUUUGAAACUAAGUGACGGUAGGAAAAGAUCUAUGUCUUUAUGGGUAGAAUUUAUAACAGCAUCCGGUUACCUUUCUGCACGUAAAAUAAGGUCGCGAUUUCAGACACUUGUAGCACAAGCAGUUGACAAAUGUAGUUAUAGAGACAUUGUGAAAAUGGUUGCAGACACAACGGAAGUGAAACUUCGAAUCAAAGAAAGAUUCGUCGUGCAGAUAACACCAGCAUUCCGUUGUGCAGGGAUUUGGUGCCGCAGUGCUGCACAUUGGCCAGUACCUCAUAUAGCAUGGCCAAAUCCAAAUCUCGUGGCCGAAGUGAAAACAGAAGGAUUUGAUCUGUUGUCCAGAGAGAGUAUUUACAUGAAAGAUAAACAAAGCGCCGCAGAGGGGGAUGCUUGGGUUUUGUCUUUCAAGUAUGCGGAGGACCGACUGCUAUACGGUGGAUGUCGACGAAGAUUAUUAAGUACCCUAAAAACUCUCCGAGACAGACACUUAGAUAUACCGGGUCAGCCAAUAACAACCUAUCAUCUAAAAACAUUAGUGUUGUACGAAUGUGAGAAACAUCCUCGUGAAAUGGAAUGGGAUGACACAUGUCUAGGGGACAGGAUAAAUGGAAUUCUACUCCAACUUAUAUCGUGUUUACAGAAUCGCCGAUGUCCGCAUUACUUCUUACCAAAUGUAGACUUGUUCCGUGGAAAAUCGACAUCCGCGAUGGACAAUGCAGCCAAACAGGUAUGGAGAAUUUUGCGAGAACUUCUAACAAAUCCUAAAAGUUUGGAAAAAUUGUGAAAUGUCAAAACCGUUCUUAACUUUAAUGGAAUUCUAUUUGUUUUGAAGAAAGAACAUUCUGUAAAAGGAAUGCAUUCAUGUCAUCAAUCAAAGCAGUGACAGUGCCAAAAUAUUGAGGUGAAAUAUCGGAAGUAAGCAAUUUUUCACUUGUGAGUAAAUACAUUGAUGAAAGAUGUCCGAAUAAUUUUCGUCUUCUGUUACCACCGACUGGUAAGUGAUCUGAGCUGCAUCUGUUGCUUUAUACCAAAGAUAACUAUGAGGCAUUCGAUCUCAUAUAUAUGGCAUUCAAGACAUAUUUAAAAGAUUGAGUAUGAAAAAACAGUGCGAAAUUUCAAGUCAAAAUAGUGCAAUUCUUCAAAUUAUUGAGGAAAAACAGAUAAAUUUUGUUUUGUGAUGAAUGUCGUAAAAGUUUCCUGCAUUAUGGUAUCUGUAGUGUAAAUUAUUGUUGAACAAUAUCAUUGUUAUGCUUUAAGAUAAAAAUUCCAUAAUAAAUUAAUUUAUAUAAAA